AUGCUAGGCGUAAAAUUGAAAAACAUCUUUGCCAAGACAGAAGACCGGCCUACGCCACCAGAGGUCUACAACUGGAGAAUCUACGGCACUGCGCUGGUGGCUUCCACAGCAAGUGUGCUGAUCGGCUACGACACUGGGUUUGUGGGCGCAACCUUCACCAACACAUAUUUCUUGAAAAAUUUCGGGCUCGUCCCAAACACUACGUCCACUGAUACCACGGUUUCGAAUUUGAUUUCGUGUUUUCACGCAGCUGCUUUUUUCGGAGCGUUGCUGUCAUACCCUCUAUCGCACUACUGGGGUCGCAAAGUUGCGUUGAUAAUUGCAGCUGGGCUGGCUACAAUUGGUGCGGCUCUUAUGCUCGUGGGGGUACGUGGCAGCCUUGCUCCUAUCUACGUUGGACGUAUCUUCACGGGUUUGACGGUGGGUGCAUCUACAAACCUCACGGUCGUGUAUCUCAGUGAAGUCUCGCCUGCGCCCAUUCGAGGCCAAAUCAUCGCUGCUUUUGAGAUCGGCUGGCGUGUGGGCGAUCUAGUGGGUUUCUGGAUCAACUACGGCAUCAACCAGCACAUUCCACCUGGAAACAAGCAGUGGAUCAUUCCUAUUGGCGUGCAAUUGAUUCCUGCUGGACUUUUCUUCGCGGGGUCGUUCAUAAUGGUGGAGUCACCUCGUUGGCUGUUCCAAAUGAAUCGCGACGAGGAAGCGGUUCGCAACCUGUGCUUCCUGCGGAACUUGCCGGACGACAACGGAUACAUGAUCUGGGAAAUUAACUCCAUUCGGGAUUCUGUGGAAUCGCAAAACGCUAGUAUUGGGCCUGGAAUGAUGGACCCUGCAAAGGAAGUGUUUGUUCGCAACCGCAAAUACGCCCGCAGAUUAAUUAUCAGUUCAAUGCUGUUGGUGAUCCCAAAUUUUAUGGGUAUUCAGUCCAUCAACUACUACUCCCCCAAGAUCUUUGCCAACAUUGGCGUUAAAGGCACAAAUGCUACUCUCUUUUCGUCCGGGAUGUUUGGCGUGGUUAAAUUCAUUUGCACUUUCAUUUACAUCCUAUUUAUUGUGGACAAUUUCGGCAGGCGUAAGGCUUUCUUAAUAUCCGCGUCGAUGUGCUCCCUGUGUUUCUGGUACUUGGGCACAUACCUCAAAAUCAACGAUCCAACGAAGCCGGGCAACGUUCCUGGUCCCGGUGGAACCGCUGCUAUUGCUUUCAUGUUCAUAUGGACGGCAUCGUUUAUUUUGGCAUGGUCGGGCGGUCCUUUCGUAUGGAGUUCCGAGGUCUUCGAACAAAACAUCAGAACGUUUGUGCAGGCCAUCAACGCCGCCAUGUCGUGGGUCCCCAUUUUCAUCAUGACAAGAUUAACCACAACCAUGAUCGACAAGAUGAAAUUCGGGAUUUUUUUCUUCUUCGCUGCAAUUGCCGCUCUGGCCGUCCCGUUCGUGUUCUUUUUCGUGCCCGAGACCAAGGGUAUCGCAUUAGAAGACAUGGAUAAAUUAUUCACCAAGGGAUUAUCCGCCUACAGAGCCCACCAAGUGGUUAUGGAGAAAUCUUCCAAGACUGUGCUCGAGGUGCGUGACUCUUGCGACCACAUCUCGACGUAUUCUAAGAAGCCAAACACAAAACUCAUCGAAAACGCUGCUCUUGAGGAGCAAAACUCAAAGGUUUGA